GCUUACUGAUUAACUGCUUAUAAUAGUUAGUAUUGUUAAUACGUGUAUACUUAAUACUUUAUUCUGUGUAGUUGCCAGUGGCUUAUUGACUUGAUUAUAAAUGACUUAAAGAAAGAAUUUAAUUAGUAUAAUAAUGGAAGAAGAAGUAACUCAAGAAGAAGUAAUCCAGCCAGAUUUUACUACACAAACUAAACAAUUGCUUAAAGAUAUCAAAGCUGGGAUCUUGGAAGCCAAAGAUUCGACAAAUAAAAUUAUUAGCAAAGAGUUUGAUGCAUCUAAAGGCAUAAGCUUAUUAGAUAUAAAGUGUCAUACAUUGUUGAGUUAUAUAAAUAAUUUGACUUAUAUUAUAUUAAAAAAAUGUAAAUUUCAAUCUAUUAAAAAUGAUCCAGCGAUUGAACGUCUUGUUGAACAACGAACUGUUCUAGAACGCAUAAGGCCUCUUGAAUUUAAAAUGAAAUAUCAAAUUGAUAAGCUUGUUAAAACAGCAUUAUCUGGUUCCAUUGAUCCUAAUGAUCCAGAUCGGUUCCGUGCUACUCUUGAUGAACUAGCUGAUGCAGAAGAUAAUAUAGAAGAAGAUGAAGAGUCUGAUAAUGAUGAAGCUGGUCAUAAGAAAUCAAAAAAAGUUAAGGAUGGAGUUUAUGUAGCACCUAAAGUUACAGCUGUACCUUAUGAUGGUGAUGAAUCACGAGCAGUUAAAAAACAAAAAUUAUUAGAAAGAGCAAAAAAGAGAGCUCUACAAAGUUCAGUUAUGCAAGAAUUACGAGAGGAAUAUGCAGAUACACCAAUUGAAGUGCAAAUCAAUACAGUUGGAUUGAAAAAUAAGCAGUCUAAGUAUGAUUACGAAAGACAGAAAUAUGAAGAAGACUAUUUUACAAGGUUGCCAGUUACCAAGAAAGAUAAACAUAGAGCUAAGCAAUUAUCAUCAAUUACUCUUGGAAAAUUAGGGAAAGAAGUUACACACUUUGAAGAUAUUUCAGCUCUUGGAGGAAAUUUCAGUGAAAAAAGUGGUAAUAAAAGAAAAAAGAAAUUUAAAGGAAAAAAUUUAAAGAAGAAAAGAAAAUUUUAAGUUAUUAU